AAAAACUCCUAUAAAAGAAAGAUAUGGCAAGAGACCAACUGACAUUCAAACAAGAACUUCCAAAUAGAAAAGACUGAAGUGAUUUAAUAAAUCUAAUAAGACAAUAAUUAAAUUAGAUAAUUUUAAUUGUGUAUUAAGAUAUUAAUAAAACAGAAAAUAUUUAAAUAUCCUAAAAAUGCAACAUCAUAGUGAAUCUGGUUAUAUGCCAGAAGUGCCAUUUCAACCAUUAUGGGCUCAGGAAGCACCACCACCGCCUCCCAUAGUACCUUAUCAGGAAUUAAUUACUGGAUUUCCUUGUACAGAUUUGGCUCUGUGGCAACGAUCCCAGGUCAACAGUUUAGUUAAUCCUCGUUCGAAUAGCAGCAGUCGUACCAAUGGCACCUCUAACGGUUCUACUAAUGGUAAUCCUACCAAGAAAACUAGACGUCGCACGGCUUCCAUGGCUCAACGGAGGGCAGCCAAUAUACGAGAACGCCGUCGCAUGUUCAAUUUAAAUGAAGCUUUCGAUAAACUAAGACGUAAGGUACCAACGUUUGCCUAUGAAAAACGCUUAUCACGCAUUGAAACUUUACGUUUGGCUAUUACAUAUAUUGGUUUCAUGACAGAACUACUGACUGGCACUCCUAUGAAUUCGAUAAAAACCCGUUCUAAUGAUAUCUAUGGUGGAAUGAAUGGUCAUCAUCAUCCUGGUGCAAUGCCUCAUCAUUUACAUCCGUCGGCAUUUCAAAGAGAUUUUGCUUCACCCUAUGGUCAUAGUUUGGCUUAGGGAGUAUCGCCAGUUCCCGAUAUAAUUUGUUGAUUAUUGUGUAAUUAAUUUAAUUUGUUUUUAAUAAAUUAUAUAAAUGCUUAUAU